AUGUCGUCGCAGACCAUGACGGCGCCAGCAGUGGGCCAUCGACCGCCUGAUUCAGGUCCAGAUACGCCCAUGCACGACUAUGGCUACUCACAGAACGACCCUACAUCUCCUACCGCCUCAAGGAGUGCCUCCGCAACUCGCGACAUGCAUAAUUCUGCCCCAACCUCCAAGGCCUUGCCCGCCACCUCUAUGGGAAUCAAGACUGAACCCACCGAUACCCAUGACUCCGACGUGAAUGUUUCCGAGCACCAGAAGGACCUCAACACUCAAUCCGCCGCCGGCGCCCUCCUCGCCCAACUACUGGGGAAUCCUUCUGCGCCGAACUCGGCCGAUGCGACGGGAAACCAGCAUUCCGGACAACAAUUAGACGACCAGGAUGUCAAGAUGGACGACUCAAAUGGCUUUCCCGCAGUUGAUCAAUCUGCCCACAGCAGCAUUGCGCUAGAUUUCCAGCUCCCGCAAGAUUCAACCUCGGUAUCAAGGAUCAUCCAAAGUACUCCCAACGGACACGGGAAACCGGCUACUGACAUUCUGGCGGAAAUUGAUGCGACACAGCAAGAUGGAGGGAUGGCCGCGCAUCGGCCGUCGGAUGCGAGUGCUAUGGAACCCCUGUCUGACCCGUUGAAUCCCAAAUCAAACCUGGAACCAUCCCUUCUUCCUCCCUUCGAUUUCGCCGCAGUUCCCAAAAAUGCUUUCGAGGCUCUCCAGCAGAACGAGCUGCUCACGGCCGCCUAUCUCUCGCAAGGAGCUGAUCUAUCAGCCCUCGGAUAUCAAGAUGGAUCAACUUCGGUGGCUGGGUCGGAACCGAAGAUCCAAGCGUUCGCCAAGUUAGAGUUUGAUGAUGGCCAUUUUUAUGUCAAUACUUAUUCGUUCAUUCUGGGACGAGAUGUUCGGGCCGCCCGCGCCGCCCAUCAGCGAGAAAUUCAGUUCCGGCAGGCCGUGCGGAGUUCUCGAGCAAAGAGUUCGAGUGGCGGCAAUGCCUCUCAUACGCCGAACAGGAUGAAACGGGAGGAAAGCGCUGCCAUGAUGGGAAGCGUGGUCAGCGACCGCGGUGGUAUCAUGGGAUUCGAUCCAGAUGUCCCCCCACAUCUUCCAGCCAACCUGAACAUCAGCAGGCGCUCAUCGAAAUCUUCAUUUGAUGAUUCUGCGAUGCCCUUGAGUGCCAACCCUGCCCAAUUACAAACAACAACUGUGACGGAUUAUAAUGCACUCGCUAUGCAAUCUUUGCAAUCAGAGAACAAUGGGGAUGCAAAGCCUGUUGAUGCUUUAGCCUUGCUCCCAUCUCCCGACUCAUGCCCUACAAUUCCUAUUCACCCUCCUUCAACGAUUGAUGGUACCGCUGCCGGGCACCGGGGCAUCUCCCGUCGCCAUGUUCGCAUCUCUUACAAUUUUGAUCGCAACCUCUUUGAGAUGGAAGUUAUGGGCCGGAAUGGUGCUUUUAUUGGGGCCGAUUGGCUUUCUCCCGGUCAGCUUCGUCCGUUACAUAGUGGUGACUACAUCCAAAUUGGUGGUGUACGGAUACGCUUCUUGUUACCUGAUGUUCCCAUUGGCGAGACUGGAGCGGAUCGAAUGGAGGAGCCACAGCAGCACCCAGAAGACGAGGGCGCAGAUGCAGAUGCAGAUGCAGACAUCGAUGCUGCUCACGAGAUUGAUGCUGAACAUGAGAUCGACGACAUGGACAAGGGUCUGAGCGACAGUCCUGAUAGCAAAGAUCUUUCCAAGUCCAAUCUCUCCCUCAAAUCCAAGGAUGACGAUCCCACGAAGCCUGUUCCUUCAAUCGAAUCGGGUGGUGAUAAAGGCGACCAGCCGGCCCGUCGUCGUGGCCCCGGCCGACCUCCAAAGGAUGGUAUCAUGUCGAAACGUGAAAGGGCCGAGUUGGCUCGGGAGCAGAAGAUUGCUGCGAAACGCGAAGCUAAUGGCAAGACGAUAACGACCAAGGAAUCGGUUGGAGCCGAAUCUCCAACUUCCUCUGUCAAACCUUCUGAGAAGCGCAAAUACACGAAGAGAAAGAAGGGCGAUGGCACACCUAUGGAUUUCCCUCUUCCGUCCACAGAAGGUGGCCAAUUCUCUACAGAACAACGGCCCGAGGAAUAUGUCAAACCCCCACCAGUCAAGAAGCGCAAGCCAUCACGGUCACCAUCUCCCAACUACCCUCCGGAGUCUGCUUACUCGCCGGAGGAUCUGGCCAAGCCUCCUUACAACUACGCGGUUCUAAUCUUCGACGCUCUGACGGAGGCCGGCACUCCCAUGACCCUGAAACAGAUAUACCGUGCAUUGAAGCUCAAAUAUCCAUACUUCCGCUUCAAGUGCGAGACCGAAGGUUGGACAUCCAGUGUGCGGCACAAUCUCAAUGGCAAUGGACACCUAUUCAUGCACGCAGAAAGAGAUGGCAAGGGAUGGUCAUGGCAACUUCGACCUGGCGCAUCUGUUGAGAAGGAGAAGAAGAGGCGUCCUUCACCUCCGCCUCCCCAGGCUCCUCCUGUCCCUCCACCCCAGCAGUAUAUGCCUCCCAUGCCUCACUCCUACGCACCACCUUCUGGUCAUCCGGCACCGAUGCCAAACCAGCCACCAUUCGAAGCAGCCUUCCGGCAGCCUUCGCUCGAACAAUCCCCUCUACCUACACCUCACCCUACGCCACCAAUCCCUCUCCGCAGGCAGCGCAAAACCAGCCGUCACAGACGCCGCAACCUGGCCAAGGACCGCCGCCGCCGCAACAUCAUCAAUCCCCCCUACUCAACCCCCAAACCCCCAUCAUCUCAACCUCCACAUAUCAAUACCCAACACCAAUCGUUCCCUCCUCCGGCUGGGCCAUCUUACCAACACCAGCAUCAGCAACCUGUUCAGUCCCAGCCACAUCCGCAGCAGCCUCACCAUGUGCCACCUCCGCAUCAUCAGGCGCAGCAGCCGCGUCCACCACCGCCCGGACCUCAGGGUCAUCAGCAGCAGCCGCACCCUGCACAGUCCAACCCGGGACCAACCGGACCACCGGAGCCGUCGUCGUUCAAUGAGCGCGCCAACAAGGCCCUUGACGAUUUUGAGGCCGUGCUUAUGGAGGACUACGAAGACAAGAACUACAUCCGGGAAGUCCUCCGCAGUGCUCGCGCUCGGGUCCUCGGCAAUGCCACGGAAAGUUCAUUCCCUGGUGGAGAACCGAAGGACGAAAAGGUCAUUAUGGAUGUACUGAGCAGCCUGGUCGGAAGCCUAAAGGACGAGUAA